AUGUUCGAAAAUACUUGCACCCUGCCUCUUACGGCAGAUGUCUUCACAACAGCUCUACAUCCAACCGAACCUCUUCUCACAGUUGGUCUAUCAAGCGGCCAUGUCGAAACCUUCCGAUUGCCGCCCGGUUCUGCCUCUGACGAAAGCGCCGAUGGAGACACAAGUGUAUUGAGCGAUGGAAAAGGGAUGAUCGAUUCGGUCUGGCGCACUCGACGACAUAAGGGUAGUUGCAGAUCUUUGGUCUAUGCCCAUGAUGGCUCAGCUGUUUACUCCGCGGGAACCGAUGCCCUCGUCAAGCACUUUGAGCCCACGACCGGACAGGUUAUUUCCAAGUUUUCGAUCCCUACCAGGACCACUUUGCCCGAUGCGCCAACCUUGCUCCACGUCCUGAACCCCCAGUGCCUUCUUCUGGCGACAGACUCUGGUGCCCUUCACAUCAUUGACCUUCGAGACGGCACGCCCGACAAGAAGCCUAAAUCUACGCAUAUUCCUCAUUCCGAUUAUAUUUCGUCAGUCACCCCUUUGCCGCCGACGCAAGCUAGUACCAGUGGCUUCCCCAAGCAGUGGGUCAGCACCGGCGGUACUACCCUGGCUGUGACCGAUUUCAGACGAGGAGUGCUCGUCCGUAGCGAGGACCAAGAGGACGAGUUGCUGUCUUCAUGCUAUGUUUCGGGAAUGGGUCCCAAAGGACAUCGCGACAAUGGCGUUGUGGCUUGCGGCUCGGGUUCUGGAGUGCUGACUUUGUGGGACAAGGGAGCCUGGGAUGAUCAGCAGGAACGAAUCAUCGUCGAUGGCGACAAGAAGGGUGGUGAGAGUAUCGACGCCACCGUCUUGAUCCCACAAGAGAUGGGUCUUGGAAAGAAGGCUGUCUGCGGUCUUGGUGAUGGAAGUCUACGUAUUGUCGAUCUUGUUCGUAGGGAGGUCCGCGCGUCAGAUAACCUCCGCCAUGACCACAUGGAAAGCGUCGUAUCACUGAACUUCGACUCCUCAAACCGACUUAUCAGCGCCGGUGGAAAGACUGUCAAGCUCUGGGAGGAGCUUUCUGCUCUUCAAGGCGACGAGGAUGGUAGCGACGAGGAUGAGGACGAGGAUGAUGAUGAUGACGAGGAGGACGAUGCGGCAGGCAAUGGCAAACGGGCUGCUGAGAGCGAUAGCGACGAAAGCGACAGCGAAAAUGACCACAUCGCCGAAAUGAAGCAACGGGCCAAGAGACGCAAGGAGGCUCAAAAGGGCAAACUUGGAGCUUACGGAGCUCACGGUGUAAUGGGUUUCGAAGGAUUAGAUUAA